UAUGAGAGUAGCAAGUGGGAAAGAGUAGAAUCUAUUGGAGAUCAUGAGAUGUUGAUUUUUGGUCAUGGGGUUACAGUAAGGGCACCUGUUAAAGAUGUUGGUGAUGGAGUCAAGAGUGGUUCAAUCUGUUUCGUUGAUGAUGACUACGUGUGGCCAGAUCAUGAUCAUCGUGGUUCGAAUUGUGGUGUCUUCAAUAUUGCCACGAAUGAAAUCGUAUGGCAUAGUAAGAAGCCCUGUUUUUAUAUAAAUGAAUCUCAGUGGUUUGCUUAGUCUUUGUGUGUUUCUAGCUAAGAGAGUAUCAAACAAGCUUUUCUGUUUUGUUUGCAUGCUUUUUCUCUUUUUAAUGUCUUAGUUAUAAGUUCGAUUCGUCCCAGCAAAAUUUGUUGAUAGACUUUAUAUAUAUGUUUUCUGUUUUGCUUUGAAACAUUCAGAACGUAACAGUUCCUAGAAAGAUUAAAAAUAAAUAAAGACAAAGAGUGAUGGUCGAUCUUUUAUGUUUAUGAUCUCACCAGAAACAACCAAUAGUGUUUUGAUUUAGAUCGAGGAAAGUAAUAAAAUGUAGUGAAACAGAGGUUUGAGUUUUCUGUAGAUUUUACAAAGAUGUGUCUUGUGUUCUGUUCUUGAAACCUUAACUCGAACUCAGGUAGCCUAAGAGCAUGAUUAUCGGCUGAGACUUUUUUUGGUCCUUAAAUUUUUUUUUUCUGAUUUAAAAAAAAAAAAAAUUAAAUAUGAACCAGUUGCGUGCCGUCACGUGUUAGUGAGACCUGCAAACAUUUAGGAACAACCCUUGGAACAUUUCUUAAUUAUGGACAUUUGAGCAAAAAGUUUCUAGCAAAAAGGUGAUGUGCCCCACACCAAAAACACUAAGGACCAAUGUUGGGACUACCAAUAAGCAAUGGUGUUAUCCAAAGAAGAAGAGUUCUUAGAAAAAGUGUAUUUUGAUUUUUUAAGUAUUAUUUUUUUUUUUUACACAUGUGGCGACCCACAAAUAGUGCAAGGAUUCAUUAAGAAAGAGUCCUUAUUUAAGGAUUUUAAGGAUUGAAUCUUUAGCUUUUGAUAAAGUCCACUGAUUAUUUAAUUAUUUUUUCUCUAAAGAUUCCCUCUUAAAGACUCUUAUUGCAGAUGCUCUAAGAAUCUUCCUUCUUAUUCUUUUUUUAUCCAACGGUUCUUUCGUGAUUUCAUAAGUAUAUACAUAGAGAGUGUAGGAUGUAAUAUUAUAGAGAGCAAAGGAGCAAUCACUUGUAUCCUCUUAGCUCUGCUCUUCUUAGG